GGGAAGUCACUUUGUAGCUGUGCAGUGAGCAGAUGCUCACGUGUGACACGCGCUGCUUCUGAAUCACUUCAGAUCACUCACAUCUCUACAACUUUCUUCUGCAUUUUGCAAUUUCCACAUCUUGGUUCUCAUUUCCAGACCUUCACCUCCACUUCUGCUUCACUGUGACACCGUUUUUUUUUUUUGUAUCUUUUGCUGCAUCUCUUUAUCCUUCCCUCUUCUUCUCUUAUCCACCGUGUCACCAUGGAUAUUGGAGGCUUGACAACAGUUGUGGCAAACUCUGCCUACAUCUCAGCCCGUGGAAGCUUUGAUGGCACUGCCAACCCCGCAGCCAACCGAGACAAGAAGUACCACUCCCGCUUGAAGCUGCCGCACAUCACAGUGUGCGAGGGUCUGCGGGAGACUUUAGAUCUGGGCUUCCAGACGGUCUGUGUGGAGCAGCCCAUCGGCAAACGUCUUUUUCAGGAGUUUCUAGAGUCCAACAAUGAGUAUAAAGGCCCCUGCCGUCUGUGGAAAGACAUCGAGGAGUACAAUAACGCUGAGGAUGAAGAUAGAGUCAACAAAGCGAGCAAGAUCAUAUCGCGUUAUAUGGAGCCUGAUGCUAAGUAUUACUGCCCCUUUCUGCCAGAAAAUGGCAUCACAAAGGUCAAAGAAAAACACCAACAGGCUUCUGAGGAUCUUUUCAAUGAGACCACGGACAAUGUGAUGGACUUCCUCAAGGAAGUGCCCUACACCUUCUUCUUGGAAAGUAUGUACCUGAAGAGGUUUCUGCAGUGGAAGUGGCUGGAGAUGCAGCCCAUGGGAGAUGAUUGGUUCUUGGAUUUUCGUGUACUGGGGAAAGGAGGUUUUGGGGAAGUGUUUGCCUGUCAGAUGAAGGGGACGGGGAAACUGUACGCCUGCAAAAAGCUCAACAAAAAGAGGCUGAAGAAGAGAAAAGGCUAUGAGGGUGCAAUAGUGGAGAAAAGGAUUCUGGCUCGAGUUCACAGCAGGUUCAUCGUCUCUUUGGCGUACGCCUUCCAGACAAAAACAGAGCUGUGUCUGGUCAUGACCAUCAUGAACGGCGGAGACCUGAGGUACCACAUCUAUAAUGUGGAUGAGAACAACCCAGGGUUUGAAGAGCCACGGGCCUGCUACUAUGCUGCUCAGAUCAUCCAGGGCCUGGAGCACCUCCACCAGAAGAGGAUCAUCUACAGAGACCUCAAACCAGAGAACGUGCUGCUGGAUAAUCAAGGUAACGUCCGUAUCUCUGACCUUGGUCUGGCUGUGGAGCUGGCUGAUGAUCAGUUUAAAAUCAAGGGCUACGCUGGGACUCCAGGUUUCAUGGCUCCAGAGCUGCUGAAAGGUGAGGAAUAUGAUUACUCAGUGGAUUAUUUCACUUUGGGAGUCACUCUGUAUGAGUUUCUGGCUGCUAAGGGACCCUUCAGGACCCGAGGAGAGAAGGUGGAGAACAAGGUGGUGAAGAAGCGGAUUUUGAAUGAUCUUGUAACUUAUCCUGAGAAAUUUAGUGAAAAUGCCCGGUCCAUCUGUGAGGGCCUGCUGUGCAAAGAGGUCGACAAGAGGCUUGGCUUCAAGAAUGGGUCAUGUGAUGAGCUGAGAGCGCACCCUUUCUUUAGUGAGAUUACCUGGAGGAAACUGAAUGCAGGGAUCCUUACGCCUCCUUUUGUCCCGGACUCCAAGACAGUUUAUGCCAAGGACCUCGACAAUGUCGGGGCCUUCUCCACAGUAAAAGGUGUGCAGCUGGAAGACAAGGACAAGGAGUUUUUCGAUGAGUUUGCCUCAGGGAACAUCCCCAUCCCCUGGCAGGAGGAGAUGAUCGAGACCGGGAUCUACAGCGAGCUCACACUCUGGGGCCCGGGUGGCACUUUGCCCAACGACCUGCGCCGUGAGUCCAUCCUGGAGCAGCCACCCAAGUCCUCCACCUGCACCGUGUCAUAAGACUUUAAAAUGACAUGAACUUUUUUUCUCAAGCACUUUUUGUACAGGUGGUCAGUACAGGUUAGUGGUCAAUUUGAUGAUAAAGUUAUUUUUUCACAAUAAAGUUGUACUAGCAGUGCAGCUCUAAACAAUAAUCAGAUAUUUACAGUAUUAUGUACAUUUGUUGCUGUAAUGUUCAAAGCUUCAUAGUUAAUUUAUUUCAUUUUUAAAACAUGUAUCAAAAGCUUUUACUGUCAAAUCUGCUGAGUGAUUGUGUACGGGUGCUGUUUAUCUUUAGUGCACGUUUGUCUGGUUAUCUAAUGGUUUCUAACAUUUUGACUCCUCAUUGACUUUUACAGGAAUGAUUGAUUACUUAGUGCAAAAAAAAAUUUUUUUUAUUAUUUUGCUUUUAUUUGUCUGCCUAGUGAGCGCACAGCUUUCUUUGCAAGUGUUCAAACUCUCUGAAAUGUAACUUAAUUAAAAUGUGACAACUUUUCUGCUUCUCCAACAUUUUUACACAUAUUAUUCAUUGCUGUAGAGAAAUUUAUUAAUUUAAAUAAAUAUUUUGAUAUUAAAAUCA